AUGGCUCGAGUAGGAUUAACGAUAAGCCUGUUGUUUUCGGCCUUUGCGCAUGGUGCACUUGUUCGUAGGGCUUCUCCUACUGUUCAACUAGACUAUGCUACCUACCAAGGAGUAAGACUAGAUGCUGGAGUUGACCAGUACCUUGGCAUGCGAUUUGCCGCGCCUCCAUUGGGGGAUUUACGAUUUCGAGCACCUCAAGACCCUGGAAACACCUCAACUAUUCAAGAUGCAUCAGCAUUUGGUCCCUUAUGUGUCGGAACCGGACAGACCGUCGACACGGGUUUCCGGUCAGAAGAUUGCCUAUUUGUCAAUGUUUUUACUCCAUCCAAUUCCGAUUCCACAUUAAAACUACCAGUAUGGGUGUACAUUCAAGGGGGUGGGUACGCCUGGAACAGUAAUGGGAACUACAACGGCACCGACGUGAUCCAAAACUCGGGCAACGGUCUUGUUUUUGUCAACUUUAACUAUCGGGUUGGGCUUUUAGGCUUUCUUGCAAGCCAGAAGGUUCUGGAGAAUGGUGAUUUAAAUGCAGGCUUGCUUGAUCAACGCAAGGUGUUGGAAUGGGUACAAAAGUAUAUUCAUUUGUUCGGGGGAGACCCUGAGCAUGUAGUAAUCCAAGGCGCAUCCGCAGGAGCUGGCUCAGUUGCGCAGCAUCUCGCUGCUUACAACGGGCGUGAUGACGGACUUUUCGUUGGAGCCAUAGCUGAGUCGACAUUCUGGCCUACUCAGCGAACAGUAGCUGAAAUGGAGCCACAAUAUGACCUGGUGGUCCAAAAUACUGGCUGUGCCGGUACAAAUGAUACCCUUUCCUGUCUUCGCGCCUUGGACUUUUCAACAAUUCAGGCCGCCAACGUCCAGUCGCCCUUUCCUGGUGCUCCCAGUCAACCUGUACCAUUGUGGUAUUUCCUACCUGUCGUUGAUGGAUCCUUCAUCACGGGUCAGCUAUAUGACUCUUUCCAAGGCGGAGAGAUUGUUAAAGUUCCACUAUUAGUAGGUGACGAUACCAACGAGGGCUCCGGUUUCGCCUAUAACGCAUCGACUCCUGAAGAGGUUUCUGUAUUCAUGAAGGCCAACUAUCCCGGUUUGAAUUCCACACAGCUUGAAGCAAUCAAUGAUGUAUAUCCUCUUAUGGCGCCAGUUGCGCUGCAUGCCCCGUACUUUCCGUCAGCAUCUGCUGCAUACGGAGAGAGUACGUUCACUUGCCCAGGGAACCACAUGGCGGCUGGAAUGGCAACAUACCUUUCUCCCGACCAGAUCUGGAACUACCACUGGAAUGUUCAGAACCCUGACGAUACAUCGAAAGGUCUUGGUGUCGUGCAUACUGCCGAAACGACUGCGAUAUUUGGAUAUGGGUAUUCGGCGAACGUACCCUCCUUUGCGUCUGGUUCGUUGAAUGCCCCGAUGGUGCCAAUAACAAUGGACUACUUCAUUAGCUUCGUGACAACACUUAAUCCAAAUACCCAGAAGAAUGCGGCAGCACCAACAUGGGACGGAUGGGGCACUGGAGCCACAGGCAACCGGCUCAAAUUCGAAUUAAAUGCUACUGUGAUGGAGGCGAUCCCAGAGGAUCAGCAGCAGCGUUGUGAGUUCUGGCAGUCUCUUGCUCCGUACCUGGAAACUUGA